CCCUCCCCACCGCCAUGCUCGACGGGCUCCUCGUGGCCGCCAUCGAGCACCUCGAGUGGGAGCCUGCCUCGGCCGCCGUUGAAGGUGCUCACUCACCAUGGCCUACAUCGAGCACGAGCGUUGAAGAGAGUUCCAAAAAUUGGCCCCGUCGUGAAGAAGAUUGUCCUCAGAACACUGAAAAUGCUCUUCUGGGGUCUGCUUCUCCAAUGUGGAUAUUCUCACGCUCCAGAAGUCCGGAUGACCUCUCUUUCGGAGUGGACAUGAAGAAGAUUAGAUGGUGUGGCAUCCUACAGGUUCAGUACAUCCGACAAAAAGAAGAAAAAUUGCCACCUCCUUUUCAUCUAUCUAGGUUAGGUGGUCUCAUCGUGUUUGUCAUAUACAUGAUCACAACAUGUAUAUGUCCCGGAUUGGAGCUUUCUUUACCACAAUGAUGGUGUUGUUAAUGACGGGAAGCAAUUUAUGGUAUCUGGAACUUGCUCAGGCAUACCAUCAUCAUUUUAGUUUUUUGUAUCUUUUUGUAUUUGAU